UUUUUUUUUAAAAAAAGUUGCGAGUGAUUUUCUUUGAUGCAAUACUAAUUCGCUUAAUUUUAAAAAUUACGCCUUUCUAGAACACCAAGGUCAAAAAGCUUGGCUAGAAAUUUCCAUGUAUUGGUGGUCAAAGCUUCUAGAUGAGACAGGUGUCAAAAGACUCUUUCGGUAAAUAUCAAGAUAUGAUAUAAAGGCUUCAAGGAAAACCACCUAGAAAAUAUUUAAAACAUACUUCACGUUUUAAACAUUCAAUGAGUGCGAUUCAUUGUACAAAUUAACAACAAUAUUUGUUACACUCCACACUCCAUUUUCUUGAACAAAUAGAAACUGGUCAAAUGGAGGAGCAUUUACAUAGAUUCCAUAUAAUUAACAUGGUCAAGUGUUCUCUAUAUCUUUGUCUUUACAAGUAAAAACUGCCAACCAUGUCUCAGCCUCCGGGGAUUCAAGGCAGUGUCCGGUUCCCACUCCCUCGACUCUGCAAGUUACCCUCUCAAGCAUCUCCUCUUCACCCUCGACUCAUUCUUCAACUUCAUUAUGAUAAAUUUUUUGGGCUUCCAAUUUAAAAUCAAUUGGUGGUAAGUGGAGACCGUCGAGUGCCUAAUGGCAAAUACAAAAAUACAAAUGAUUGUGUAUUCAGUAUUCUUUAUAAACGUAAUAUUUUUUUUUUGUUUAGCCGCAUUCGCUAGCGGAAUAGUUUCAUCAUUCUACUUCGAUUCUUCAAAUCUCAAACUCAUAAAUUCCUGGAUCACUCUUUUACACUGAAGUUUUUAGGUUUCUUUCUCUUCUUCCUGAGCUGUUUUAUAAGAAGGCAACUGAGACAUAUAUGAAGAAGCUGCAAUGGCCGCAAGACUCCCAAAUUUUCCUUUGACAGACGGAGGCACCGUGGGAUUUGUUUCUAGCGACGUGGCUGGCUUUGAGGCCUGAGCGAUCCCUCCAGGACGAGGAGGGCGUAGUUGAUACAUGACUUUCGCUGUAGCAAAUGUUAAAAUGGACUAUACGUACGUAGUUCUUUUUUUCUUAAUUAAUGUAAGUCGAUUCUGCUUAUUAACAAUAUUCUCCAUCCAAGAAACAUUUAACUUGGACUAAAAACAUUUUUCUAAUUAACCAAAUGAAUUUUACCAUUCUAUCGUCAUUUUCGUUAGACAUACUUUUUUUGGGGGUCGACAUGAGGUAUUUAAAACAGAAAAUAGAUUAGAUCGGGAUAUAAGAAUUUUAUCACAAAAUGAAAUGAUAAUAUACCUUAUGUCCUUAUUCUUUUGAAUCAAAGUUUUGGUGGUUCUUGUAAAAAUGCUUGUCAUUCAGAUGGGUCUACUCCACUACAACACACAUAAUUAGUCAUUAGAUUCAAGGUCCCGGAGAAUACAUUUAUCUAUCAUUUUGAAUUGGUGAAAAUUGUAAAUGAAUAUGCUUUGUAGAAGAAAAAAAAGAUCCACGAACUAUGGUUUUGGAGAUGAUGAUGAUGACAUGUCGAAUCCUUUAUUUGUUCGGUUCUAAGCAUUUUUGGAUUUUUUUUCUUCUCAUUAUUAGUAGAUGCUGAUAAUAGAAUAUGAACUAUCAUAUCUUGAUAUCUUGUAAUAUAUGCUGGAUAGCUAUAAUUAAUGGUAAAUUUACGCAAUUUAUGUCUGCUAGUUCACUUUUUCUCCUACAAAUUUAGUCAGAGACGAUUCUCAAAUAGUGAUGGCUUAUCAUUAUUUAGUUAUAAGCAUUUUUGGACCGACGAUUAAGCUUUGCAGGAUAUAAAAUGUUGGCAUAUAUUACCAUUUUGUUUUGAUGGGCCAGUAAUGUCAUGGAUAAUAUUAUACGUCCACUAUGAUUAUCUACUAAUAUUUUCUUAAAUCUGUCAUUCACAACACGAACUAUAAUAGAUGGCUUACGUUAUCAUAUCGAAAACUGUGAAAUAAUAGAUAUGUAUUAUAAGAAAACAAGUAGUGGAGUACUUAUAUUAAUAUUGCAUCGUGAUAAUUUUGUCUAUAAUAAGUAUAUUAGGCCAAGUUGUUCAACUUACCAACUUCAACCCUACGUUUUAAACUGGUUGUCGAUAUGAUCGCUCGGUUCAAAAAAUUGCAUCAAACGUGGCAAGCUUAUAACAUCAUCAUAUUGAUAUUGCAAUUAAAACAUAAAUAUAUAACAAUUCCUUCAAAAACUUGAAAUAUCAAUACAUUAUUGUUUAAUUAUUCAGAAGAUAGUAGAUUAGAAAACAUUCAACCAGUGUUACGAUUGACUUUUUGUAGACCACAUAUAUGGACAUUAAUGUGUUACAAAAUGUAUUUUAUAUAAAUUUGACUAGUUAAUGAAAGAAUAAUUUCAUACAUAAAAAUUGAUAAACUCUCCAACUUGCAGAAUCUAAAAACUCCCUUUGUCUCCUCCUUAUAAGGAGCCCUCCCUUGCCAUUCUUCUUAUAGCAACUUUUUCAUCCACUCUCUCCUCAAAUAAUAUUAUUAAUGGCGUCAAAGUCUAGAAGCUCGGGCUCGUCAUGGACGUUCAGACAGAACAAGAUGUUCGAGAGAGCCUUGGCAGUUUACGACAAGGACACACCAGAUCGGUGGCACAAUGUGGCAAACGCAGUCGGAGGGAAAUCUGCAGAGGAAGUUAAGCGUCACUAUGACAUUCUCGUCGAAGAUCUCAUCAGCAUCGAAACUGGUCGUGUCCCUUUGCCCAAUUACAAGACUAAAUCUAACUCAAGAGGCAUCAAUGACCUUGACACGAGGUACUUAAUUAUCUUAAUCUAUGAUAUAUAUUUGUUUUAGUUUAACAUGCUUAAGUUUCGGUUGUCCAGAUAAAUUAAUUAUGAACGUUGGAAUAUGGAUUUUAUGGUCUUGUUUUAGAUUGCGUUUAUAUGUUAAUAGUGUGCUUAGAUCUUAAUAACAUAACCACUAGUAUGUGUUACAAAAACGAUCUAUAAAAAUACAAAACUAUAGUUUCUUUUCUAUCAAACAUUUAAAGAAAACGACAAAAAGUUAUAAGAAACUAUUCCAUCCGUUUCAGAAUUAUCCAUGUUUUAGAAAAAAAAUUGUUUAUAAAAGAUUCAUAUUUUACCUUUUCAAUGUAUGUAAAAAUGACAAAUUAUAAAUUUCAAAGACAUUAAUUGUAUUUACUGAAUUUUGAUUGGUUAAAAAUCAUAUGAAAUAGCUAAACACGGAAAACAAUGUAUUUAUUGUCAAAAUUUAACGUGUUUUUUUAAUAAGUGUGAAAACUUUAGAAUAUACAUUAUUUUGAAAUGGAUGGAGUAUUUCAUAAAAAAACUUAAAUAACACAAUGUUUGUUUAAAUGUAAAUGCAUAAAUUUUGACAUAAAAUAUUUUAGUACAAACACACAAAUUAACACACCAAAGGAAAAUGUUUACGUGAAAAUUAAUCUAUAUUUGUUAUUAUUGAUCACAUGCAAAUUGUCUUUAUUAUUUUUGAAGCUCAUAACAUUAUGUCAUGAUAAGCUGCAUAAAUAGAUAUAUUGGUUAUUUCUACUUCUGUACAUGGUCGGUGGUCGACAUAUCGAGUGUUUAUUAAUAUUACAAGCUGUUAAUUAAGCAACACUCGAGGUACGUAGGGAAACCUUUAAUUAAGCAUAUCUUCAAGUUGCUAAUUAAAUAUGUGAUUGGAAUCUAAUCAACAUGCUUGGACGACCGAUAACUUAAUUACACAUGCUCUUGUUUUACUGUAUUAUUAUUUUUUUUUGCAGGCUAAUGAAGAAUAUGAAGAUAUAAUGAAGUUUAUUGUGAUCAAUUGUAAGGACAAGUAUCACAUAUUCUCAAGUCUAUUGAUUUAUGAUUAUGUAUUCUUCUUUCGCUUUCAUAUUUGUCUUUGUUUAAUGUACUAUAAUUGAAGAAUUGAAACUUUGUUAAAGAUUUGAAUUAUGAUAAAUCAACUAGAGAGUAUAAAGGGGAACCCGACAAGAAUAUUGUGUUCUCCUAUUUUAGCAAAUGGGGAAGAGUGAUUUAUACGAAGAGCGUCCCAAAAGAAGAAUACAACAACAAGGUGGUAAUUGUCUUUAAUUAAGCAAUAUUGAUCUUCAUAAAUUAUAAUCAAUACUUUUAGGUUAAACUAUAAAAUGUAGCCGAAGGAUCUUCAUAAAUUAUAAUCAAUACUUUUAGGUUAAACUAUAAAAUGUAGCCGAAGGAUACUCUGAUGCUUAUCCCGUCUACGACGUGGUUAUUGAUCACGCGAGUUCUAUACUUAGUUUUUCUUUUUUUUGAAACACUUUAUAUACUUAGUUUAUCUAUUUUGCUGUCUCCUCCAAAAUUGUAUAUGGCCGAAAUAUUAGAUAGUAUUUUUUUCUAUUUCAUCAAAAGUGUUAUUUUGAGAAUGUUUUUUUUUGACAAAAAAAAUAUCACUUUAAUUUUUUCAAUACAAUUUAUAUAUAUAUAUAUAAAUUAAUAUUAAAUUGUAAAAUAAAUAUUCUCAUAAAUACUUUUAACUAUCUCAAACAUUAUUUUUCAAAUAAUUAUAAUUAUUAAAAAUAUAAAUAUCUCUUAAUCAUUUUUAUUGUGUGUGAAAAACUCAACGUGUUAAAAACGAUCAGUAAUGAUACCCGUCAUAUGUAAGCAAAUAAAAAAGUUCAUUAAAACUGUAAAUAUCAAUUAUCAUAAUAAAGUAGGUCUAAGCAAGAUUAAACAUCAUUUAAUAUGAGAUAAGAAAAUACAUGCACUUAAAUAACUCCAAUAAAACUCAAUAGCGUCUUGUUGAUAACAUCCAUAAACAGUUCAUUGUUAUUUUCUUUUCACUAAUACUGUUGUUAAUAAUUAACUUAAUAGACUGUUAUGUGCUUUACUUAAUACAUAUUCAUAUAUGUGGGGAUAUGAAUUUUGGGAGUUACAAUCGCAAAGGUCUGAUAGCUGGCUUUGGAAGAGUUUGUGUAACUUAAGAUAUAUUGCGUGGCCUAUGCUAAUUUGUGAGGUGGGGAAUGGCUCUAUUGCGAGUUUUUAGCAUGAUAAUUGGACUUCUCUAGGUCCGUUGAUUGAUCUAACAUGACCUAAAGGGCCAGGGGUUACUGAAUUACAUGUGGAUGCGGUCGUAGCAGAAGCAAUUAGAGAAGGGAGUUGGUGGCUAAGUAGGAGCCGUAGCAGGAAUAGGCUUAUCUCACUGAUCCGAGAGUGCUUACCAGAUGUAGCCCCUAUUGUUUCCUCUGAAGCAACUGAUAUCUAUCUGUGGAAACCAGGGAACAGCGUUGCUUCGAGUUCUUUCUCUACUGCAGAUACUUGGACAGCUUUGCAUCCUCAAGGGGAGGCUGUGUUCUGGCAUAGACAAGUUUGGUUUGAAGGAAGGAUACCAAAACACGCUUUUAUUAUUUGGGUGAGUGCACGAAAUAGAUUGGGUACAAGAGACAGAAUGAGGAGUUGGGGAUUGCAGGUACCUGCAACUUGCAUUCUAUGCAAUGUGGCAGAUGAGACAAGACAUUACCUGUUCUUUGAUUGUAGCUUCAGCUCGGAAGUGUGGGCGUUCUUCUGUUCAAGAUUGAAUAUAAACCCCCCGGCCUUGUUUGAAGACAUUUUGAGAUGGCUUAGAAAUCCUUCGCCUGAUGAGUUUGUGAAGUUGAUCACUGAGCUAGUGUUUCAAGCAUCAUUAUACUAUAUUUGGAAGGAGAGGAAUUCCUAAAUCCAUAACCAGAGUUUUUGACCGGCUCAGGCGGUGAUCUUUGAGAUGAAGCAAAUCAUUCAAGUACGUCUUGAGAUCUUGUCAAGAGUUCACAACCCUAGAAGGACAGACACAACUGUGCUUGGUACCUGGCUGGGAUUAUUCCAGUAACAGAAGGUGUGAUAGUCUGUGUGUUUUGCAGAGUAAGAGUGGUAAAGAAAGUUGAAGAGAAGAAGAGUUGAAGGUAAGUGAAAGAGUUGAGAUAUUCUUUGGUUACCAGUUUUUUUUUACUCGUUUGUAUAGUUAGGUCUAUAUUUGCUUUCUGGUUGUAAGCACCUUUUUGGUGAUAAGGUUGUAGUUAUCUGUAGGUGAUUAGUGAUUACAAUGGGCUAUUGUGGGCUUCCUGGCUAAUUGUUUUAGGUAAGUGGGGCCUCUAAUCCGUCGAACCGACUCAUUUCAAAGGUGAACAUGGUAGCCAACUAAAACAAGAAACGAGUCUUUACGUAUGGAGAAGGAUCUUAACGCUAAUACCUAUAUACUUUUCUGUAUUUUACAGAACUUUCGACUUUCAUACGCGAAGCUUUCAAGUAUAGUUCUUUUGGCCCACUUUCUUUCUAUCAGAAAAAGAAACAUAAAAUCGAUGAAAAUAAUAAUAAUUAUCAACAGUCUCACACACAAAGAUGGUCGCAAAAGAAAAUAGAAACUCGAAAAGUUUUAUUUAUAACCAAUUAUUACAUAUGGUAGCUUAGAUACAUAGGUCGUGACGAUACAGAAAAGAAAAAGAGAAAAGAUACAUUGGUCGUGAGUUAUAUAUAAUCCUUGCCUUAUCGGUGAGAUAUGUGUGAGAAUAUCUCUUUUGUUUGUUUAAUUUAUUUUUCUCAUGUUUUCUCGUUUUGGUACAAAGCUGGAAGGUGACAGAUCUACAGUAGACUCAAAUCAUAUGGUUACAAUUUUGGACUUAUUUCACAUCAAACAUAUAAAAAUAGCUCAGCUUUAAUCAUAACGCUUGCGUAUGCAUAUAUUUAUCAUGUAUCUAUAGAACAAAAAUUAAAAUCAUAACAAAAAUAUGAAAUAUUCAUAUAUAUAUUAUAUACACACUAUAUAUAACUUUUUUUUUUGGUCUAUAAAAUUAUAUAUAAGUUAACCUGCUAAAAUGUUGUGUUUACAACUUUACACUACGUACCUGUUCUUUGUUUGGUUAACACUUAACACCAAGUAAUGCUUAUCUAUAAGAUUCUUUAUAUUCGAACUAAGAAACAUAAAAAUUUAGAAUGUUUGCAUAUGAAGCUUAGCUAUUGCAUAUUUUGUUUCCUUUAUAAGAUUAGUAUCAAGUUCUUAAUAGUAAUGUGGAUUGUAUUAGGCUAUAUAUCAAAGUUUGUACUUUGUUACAACACAGAAUGGUUGUAUUAAGCUAAACGUAACAAAAAAGAUACAAGCAUAAACUACCAAGUAAAAGAAGCUACUGAUUACAAUUACAAGUACGAUCUGGGUAAAAGACAAAACACAAAAAAUAAUAAAAAA